AUGAAAAAACGCAACCCUUUGAUUUACACCGAAGAUAUUGAUUUAUUUACCGAUAUUAUCACCAUGAAGGAUACUGCUGCUUAUGCCACCGAAGGUGGUAACUUUGAACAAGUUGAACCUAUUAGUGAACGCUUUACUUCUAAUACUACUAACGAAAUGAAUACAAAAAACAACGAAGACGCCAUGGAUGCUCAAUUUAAUUUACACUCUGCUGUUUUGGAUUCUGUAUUCUCCAACACCAUUGAUGAAUAUGAUCAAUUAAUUGAUCACACACCUAUGUUUGAGGAGCUUGAUGUCUUUGGCAACGAAGACCAUGCUGUCAACUCCAAAGAUGAUUGGGUUGCACUUUUUGGUGAUGCCGAUGGCAUUGUUGAAGCUGCAAGCUCAAGGGUUUCUGAGGCGUACGCUAAUGAAGUAGUUCCUCAAUAUAACUCUCAUAAAAGACCUUUUGUUAAGGUUGACCCUACUGAUUAUGAAUUUGGCUUGGAUCAUGUGCCUGAAGAUAUCAUUUCCGAUGAUUCACGUAGGGAUUCCAGUGCUUUUGCCUCAUCUAAAAGUCAAAAUACCUAUGCUACUCCUCUUCCAACUCCUUUAUUGGAUGAAGACAGAAAGAGAAGAAGACUUGGUACUCUUGAUCUUUCCACUUCCUCAAGUGCUUCAUCUGCUAACGUUACCCCUUUGUUGGAUGGCGUUGAGAAGGUGGAUCAUUUGGGUGUUGUUGCUUACUCUAAGAAGACGAGAUCUCAAGCUUUGGAACCUGUAAAGAUCGAUUCUGCCGACCCAAUUGCUGUGAAGCGUGCUAGGAACACUGAAGCAGCAAGAAGAUCUCGUGCUAGAAAGAUGGAGAGAAUGUCCCAAUUGGAAGUCCGUGUUGAAGAGUUAAUUUCUGAAAAGGAGGAUUUGCAAAAUGAAGUGGGUCGUUUAAAGGAGUUGUUGAUGAUGCAUGGCAUUCCUCUUGAACAUUAA